UUGAUUAAUCAAUGCAAAAACAUAUAUAUUGAAAUCAACCUUAACUAGAGCAUGCUGGGAAAUAUGAUAAUGACGGCCGUGGUGUUGGUUCAACUCUGGUUAUUAAAACUAACACUAGAGUUAUUCUAUGCCACUGAGUGUUAAUUUAACUUUUGAAUCAACACUAGAAAUUUUACUCUGAAAAAUCAACACCAAUUAACACUGGUCAAUUUGCUGUAUGCUAUGAAAGGGACACGUCUACAGGUUUCCAUACAUUUUCAAAACCUUUUAGAAUUCUGAAGAACUAUAGAUGCCAUGUCAAGAACCCUACACUUAACUCAAAGGUUCUUUAUUGGGCAAGAGUUCUACAAUGAACCUUUACAGCUGAGGAAGAACCAUUUAGGAACCAUUUUUGUAGUGUAGGGGAUAGAGACUGAGACUAAGAGCAGUUCCUCAAAGAGACCCCAGGACCCCACAUGUGACAAUAUUUCAAGGAGCAGAAAUAGGCUUAAAAUGAAAUGCUUGCUCUUAUCUUCUCCGUUUAUGGGGGGAAGACGGAUUCGGUGUUUCUUCACAGCUUCCCAAAGGACUACGUUUGAGAUGAGAACUGAGACAGUGCAGCUUUGAAUUUUCGCAGAAACAAACUCUUCUUAGCCGAACACAUAACAGUAUUGAAUGUCUCUUCAAUCAAUCAUUUCUGGUUUGAGAGUCUCUUAUUAACUGAGCACUUUGCCUUACAACAAGCUUAUUUAAUUAUUUUUGUUUUUGGUUCAAUUUCAACAUCGUUUUUCUCUAUCCUGUUCUGUUUUUAGUAAAGAUCUGCAGUUGCAUGGAGGACAACAGGUGUGGAUUUAAGGACCGGUGAAGUCAUGACGUUGAAGAGGAGACAAUAAAGUGGAGCUUAUUUAGCGUCAGUAGCAGUUAGAUGCGUCUGUCCCCUCGUCCGUGACGAUGACGAUGAAGGGCUUGUCGAGUAGCCGGAGACACCAUCACAUGGUGACCUGUGACCCCUCCUAUGACUCCAUGACCCUGGGGCGCCAAGCCCGGCCCUACCCGCUGAACCCGAGCAAUGCCCACCCGGCGGACCACCCUUACUAUGCCCAGCGAAGCUCCUUCCAGUCUGAGUGCGGGCCCUACCCUGACCCGGCUAGCAGCACCUUCCCCCGAAGACACUACAGCUCCCAGCAUGAACUGAAGGAUGAGUGUGCUGUGGUGCCUUACACCGGAGGCCAGGGGGGAGGCGUUAAAAACAACCGCAUCCCCCCCAACCUUCUGGAGCAGUUUGAACGGCAGGCGCCGGCGCGCCAUGAUGGCUACCACACACUGCAGUACAAGUGCACAGCGGUGGCGCACCAGCGCAGUGACAGUCCUGGGAGGAUCCGGCAUCUUGUCCACUCGGUCCAAAAACUCUUCACCAAGUCUCAAUCCCUAGAAGGCCCAUCCGGGGAUAGGAUGAACGGGGGCAAGGCCAGCUCUGACGACCCGCCCUCCCACUCGGGCACCCUGAAGAACAGCAGCAAGCGCAGCAAGAGCAAAGACCGCAGCAGGUCGGAGCCCAAGAUGCGCUCAGCCAUCUCAGGCUACUGGAGCUCGGACGACACCCUGGACCGCGAGGUGUGCCUGUACCACCACCACAGCCCCAUCCCGGGAGGCAUGCCCUCGGGGGUGAUGACCAUGGGCCGCCACCCAGGCAAGUCCCAGUCACAGUACUUCAUGGAGCAGUACAACACCAUCAGCGCCCACUCGCUGAAGACGUCACGAAGCAACAACGACGUCAAGUGUUCUACAUGCGCCGGGUUGCCGGGACUGGGCACGGGAAUGGAUGGGACUGGCCAACUGCUGAAGAAGAGCUCGUGGUCAUCAACGCUGACGGUCAGUAGGGCCAGGGAAGUCUACCAGAAAGCAUCGGUCAACCUGGACAAAGCCCCGGUCAAGGCUGAUACCUGCCAGCGGGGGGGGCGCCAGAUCUGUCAAUUCCUCCAGGUACCCCAGGACGAGUGGAGUAGGGGGUUCUUGUCCGUGGGGAAAGACGAGGAGAUCCCAUGCAGGCGUAUGCGCAGUGGCAGCUACAUCAAGGCCAUGGCGGAGGAAGACAGCGGCGACUCAGACUGCAGCCCCAAGCCCUCGCCCAAGGUGCAGGCGCGCCGGGCAAGCUAUCUGAAGGCCACACAGCCAUCGCUCACCGAGAUGACCACCCUCAAGAUCUCCACCGAGUCGCACUCUCCCAAGCUGCAGAUCCGGAGCCACAGCUACCUGCGUGCGGUGAGCGAGGUGGAGGUGAACGGACAGAUCGAGGCAGUGUGUGAGUCUGUUUUCAGUGAGAUGGAGUCUCAAGCGGUGGAUGCUCUGGACCUCCCCAUGUCAGGCUGCUUCCGCAUGCGCAGUCACAGCUAUGUCCGGGCCAUCGAGAAGGGCUGCUCCCAAGAUGAGGAGGACAGGGUCACCAUGGUGGGGGGAAACAUCAGGGCUAUCUCAGCCCCCCGGGCCACCACCACCGUCAGGACCAUCCAGAGCAGCACAGUGUCGUCAUGCAUUACCACGUACAAGAAGACGCCUCCGCCGGUGCCGCCGCGCACCACCCCACCCAAACCUGUCAUCUCCAUCACGGCCCAAAGCAGCACCGAGUCGGCCCAGGACGCAUACAUAGAUGAGGGGUCAGGGCUCCGGACCCGGAUCAGCACAUCCCAGCCCCACCUGUCCAACUCCACCGAGAGCAUCGACAGUAUGAAGGCUCUGACUGCAGCUAUCGAGGCAGCUAACGCCCAGGUCCACGGCCCGGCCAGCCAGCACGUCACCAACAGCACCAUCACCGUCACCGCCACCGCCACCACCACUGCCUCCAGCGACAGCAAGAGGGACGCGCUCCGGAAGUGCCUCUCCAUAGGGAUACAGGUGGAUGGACCAGAGGAGGUUAGGGCGACAGAGGAGCACUCCAAGUUCCAGUCAGUGGGUAUCCAGGUGGAAGAGGAGAGAUGUUACCACAGGAUGACCAGGUCCAACAGUGUGACCACGGCGGUCCAGGCCGAUCUAGACGACCCUGACUACUAUCCCGUCGACGCUCCAGAGAUGGCGAUGCGCCACUCGGCCACCAUGCCCCGUCAGUUCUCCCGGGACUCCGCCACCUCCACCGUCUCCAUCCAGGGCUCGGGCAACCACUAUCACGCCCUGACUGUGGAGGAGUACGGCGAGGUGGGUGUCGACCCAUCCAUCCUGCCCCCACCCGACCCCUGGAUGGACCAAGUGGAGGGCCCAAUGGAGGUGGUGGAGGGGAGGGGGUCGUUGUGUCCCAGGGACGGGCGCUGGUUCCUCAAGCUGCUGCAGGCCGAGAUGGAGCGCAUGGAGGGCUGGUGCAGACAGAUGGAGCAGGAAGAGAUGGAGAACGAGCUGCCGGACGAGAUCCUGGGGAAGAUCCGCAGUGCAGUAGGCAGCGCCCAGCUGCUCAUGUCUCAGAAGUUCCAGCAGUUUCGGGAGCUGUGUGAGGAGAACCUGAACCCCAAUGCCAACCCCAGGCCCAUCUCCCAGGAUCUGGCUGGUUUCUGGGACAUGCUGCAGCUGUCCAUCGAGAACAUCAGCCUAAAGUUUGAUGAGCUGCACCAACUCAAAGCCAACAACUGGAGACCCCUGGACCCCCCCGUGAUAAAGGAGAGACGGUUCGCCCCUCCAGUGCCAAAGAAGCCCCACAGGGGCCAUCCUCCCCUGGCAAGGGACCGUUCUCUGGAGAGCUCUGUUAGACAGCGGCUGGAGGCUCGCAAACGUCUGCUGGCCGCCAAGCGGGCCCUCGCGGUCCGACAGAGCUCUGUCACCGAGAGCACAGCAGACAGUAUUGAGAUCUACAUCCCCGAGGCCCAGACCAGACUAUGAGACACACACAGAUAGAGACAGAGACCCUCCCACCCACCCUCCCACACACACACACACACACACACACACACACACACACACACACACGCACCUACAAUGGUGCACGCAAACACCCACACAGGCACACACAGCACUGAAUGGCAAGGGUAGGGUGCUUGUAAUAUAAUCACAUCUUUAUUUACUUCAACAAAAGAGGGGGGACGGUCACAGCUCUAUAGUUGAGUGAGAAUACUGUAUAUUUAUGAUUUUUUAUCCUCUCCAUUUGAUCCUCUCCGUUGAACUUUCAGCUUUGACGUAGCUCCCCCCCCCCACCCCCCCCCCCCCCCCCCCCCCCCCCACUCCUCACUCCCAGCGAUGUUUCUUCUUGUGAUGUCAACUCUUCUUAACGAUAUUCCACCAACCAAGUGACCUGUUGUCACCCAAACAACAGGUAUACCAGUACCACAGCAUUGAGGCAUAAUGUAUAAUGUUUCUGAUUCAUUGGAAAAGAAGGAAAGUUACUGAGGGAGGGGUAGUGUACCAGUGGGUCUAGACGGAGUGCUGUCAGGGCACACUAGCUAAUCCUGUUGGGUGUCAGAAAGCCUGAGACAGCAACUGUGUCCCACAUGACACCCUACUUCUUAAAUAGAGCACUGUUUUUGUGCACUACCUAGUGCACAAAAACAAUAACUACCUAGGGGGUUAUUUGAGACACAGCCAGCCUCUCUACUCUGGUGACCCUGGGUGAGGCUGCUACUGUGACUCACAGCACAAUAACAGCAGACAAUAGGGAAACUCAGUCUCUUUCCCCCUGUGGGAUACUACUGUCACGGGGUUCACAACACACACACACACACACACACACGCACACACACACACAUACGCAUGCAUGUACACUCAUUUGAGGUAACUUACCUAAACCUGUUUGAAUUGUUAGGGAGAACACCUGAGACAUGUCUAAAACCUUCCGGAGACAUAAGAGACAUCGACAGAAUGUAGCAGCGACCAUUGAAACUGUUUCAAAUGUUUCAAUUAGGAUUCAAUCCUAACUUCGAUUUAAGUCAUGUUUUCACUUAGUCAUGCAUUGAUGUCAAUGGAAGACUAAGUAAACUUAAGUAUAACUUAGGAUUCGCCCCUUAUUAUUGAAAUCCAGGGAACAGCAGCUCUACAUGACUUGGCAAUGAAAUCACACACAUAAGCAUUAUAGUGAGUCACCAUAUUUUAAAAACAAUGAAAUGCAAAGAAAAAGGGUAUACACUAAUGGUUUGAUACAAUGAUUUUAGUCCAACACCUAUGAACACCAAUAUGUUCUAUUAGAGCAACAUACAUUUAUCACACACUAUUUUGUUAUUGUACUUUCAGAGUACUCUGAGAGACUUUGCGCAGUAGCUGAAUCAACACUGUCCAAAGGUGUUCAACGUAGACAAUAAUAUCAAUGUGCAAAAAUGACUUUCAUUUGUAAAAUCCAAACCUUUUAUUAAAUGGGAUUUGGAUGAGAGGUGUAGCUUGGGAUUCAUAGUAUUUACCAAUAAUCAAUACAGGUCUUUGUAGAGGAAGAAAAUCUAAUAAAUAAAUCAACUCUGUGUCGGAUGUGGUAGGAUUCUAGGGUUGACAACGCCUGUCCUGCCUGGUAGUCAGGUCUGGAGUUAGGUGGGCUCAUGGCAAGCUCUCAGAGAGAGGUCAGUGCAAUGAAAUCAGGGUCUGCCAGAAUAAAAAUGGUGAUUGACAGUUUAGCAGACUCUCUUAUCCAGAGCAACUUACAGGAGGAUUUAGGGUUAGGUGCCUUGCUCAAGGGCAGAUAAACAGAUUUUCCACGUAGUCGGCUUGGGGAUUCAAACCAGCAACCAUUGGGUUACUGGCCAAGCGUUAUUAACCGCUAGGCUACCUGCUGCCCCGUUUAGUGUGCGAGUGUGUGCGUGCGUGUGAGUGUGCGUGCCUGUGUCUUUGAGUGCAGGUGUAUGUGUGUAUCUAAUGUGUAUGUGAGUAUAUGGGGUUUACCUGCUUGUUUCUGAAGAGCUUCCUAUUUUUCAAGGUCCAAACGGGCCUUUCUUUUCACUAUGGAUGUGUCCUAAAUGGUACCCCAUUCCCUAUAUAAUGCAAUACUUUUGACCCUUGGCCCAUAGAGCUCUGGUCAAAAGUAGUGCAAUAUGUAGGGAAUGGGGUACCAUUUGGGACGGAGCCUCUGAUUAACGUAGCAGAAUCGACACACUGUUAGUCCAUACCUAAACAAACCCUGCCUAUCAUUUUCAACGGAACAAUAUAUGCCUGCGCGUAUGAAGAACAUUCGACUGACUACAUAAUACGCAUGCCGACAUGAGCUAAUUGAAAUGUCUUCAUGUCAUUAUUUUCCUUUUGAACUUAUUUCAUUCUGUUUAUCAUAUUGUGCUGAUAAUACAAUUUGUCCUUAAGUUUAAAAAAAGAGUCGCCUACUGCCGAUGUUCCUUUACUUUAAGGGUAUCUUUAAAUGUAAUGCGUUACCAAUGUUCUACAUGACAAGAUAUUUUGUUAUUCUAUCAAACGACAGUGGGAAUUAUUAUUUUCUCCUCAUCCAAACUGAGACGCAAUCACUUGAAAGUAAUAUAAAAAUAAUACAAAGUGUUUAUUGGUGUUUUAUGCCCACUGUUUAUUUAUUAAUCCCCAGAAAAAAAAUGAUUCACGUUUGUUAUCAUUAUUAUUAUGCACUGACAAGGCCCUUAUGCUGUGUUUUAUGAUUCUCCUUCUUAUAUGGUUUUCUCUUUGGGAUGAAAGACACCUUUUAUUCUGUGUCAGUAAUCAGCCUUAAUUUAUAUUGUGAUAGUCAAGCACAAAUCAGCCUCAGGGGAAGAAGAAUAAAGCACGUGUGAUUGUCUCUGUGUGUGUGUGUGUGUGUGUGUGUGUGUGUGUGUGUGUGUGUGUGUGUGUGUGUGUGUGUGUGUGUGUGUGUGUGUGUGUGUGUGUGUGUGUGUGUGUGUGUGUGUGUGUGUGUGUGCGUGUGUGCGUGGGUGGGAUUGUGUGUGUGUGUGGGAUGGUGUGUAACCCAUGAAAAGGCUUUGUCUCAUACUGUAAAUAAACCCAGUCAACAGGUAUACGUCCCAAAUGGCACCCUAUUCCCAAUAUAGUACAUUAAGUGCACUACUUUUGACUAGGGCCCAUAAGGCUCUGGUCAAAAGUAGUGCACUUAAUAGGGAAUAGGGUGCCUUUUGGGAAACAAUCCCUUGAACAUUACAAGAGUUCUGUGGUUUAAUGGUUUAGAUCAACUUCUCUUGUCAAAAUACACCAUUACAAACUCUCUGCAAACCCAAUCACUUUGCAAUUUCUUUAUAUUAAGUAUUUUUUUUAUCACUUACUUGUAUGAGUGAGACAAUCUUGAACAAAUUUGCUUUCAUAGACUGUUUGUGGGUGUUUGUAAACUCUAUUGAAACUGCUUUGACACGAGAGAAAAUCCCUGGUAGCCAUAUACACUCACCGGAACAGUUUAUUAGGUACACCCCAUCUACUAGUGGGUCGGAACCCCCCUUUGCCUCCAGACCAGCCUGCAUUCUUCAGGGCAUCGGAAACGUUCCACAGGGAUGUUGGUCCCUGCUGAUGCGAUGGCAUCAUCUCUUCCCAAAGAUGCUUUAUUGGGUUGAGGUCUGGGGACUGCGCAGGCCACUCAAGUAAACUGAACUCGCUGUAUUGUUCCAGGCAAAGUUUUUCCACUCCUCAAUUGUCCAGUGUUGGUAAUCACGUGCUCACUAGAGCCACCUCUUCUUGUUUUUAGCUGAUAGGAGUGGAACCCGGUGUGGUAGUCUGCUGCAAUAGCCCAUCCGUGACAAGGAUCGAGGAGUUGUCCACACCACUGUUGUAUUGUGUCGUUAUUUGUCUGUUUAAGGCACGCCUGUAAGCUUGCUCGAUUCUUGGCAUUCUCCCUCCAUCUCUCUCAUCAACCACCUGUUCGCCCACAGGACUGCCGCCGACUGGAUGUUUUUGGUGUGUUGCACCAUUCUCAGUGAACCAUAUACACUGUCAUGCGUGAAAAGCCCAGGAGAGUAGCCAUUUCUGAGAUGUGUGAUCGUCGGCGCCUGGCACCGACGAUCACACCACACUCAAAAUUGCUGAGGUCACUCGUUUUGCCCAUUCUAACGUUCAAUCCAACAGUAACGGAAUGCCUCAAUGGCUGUCUGCCUGGAUUAUAUAACAAGCCACGGCCACAUUUCUCCCUGUCUGUAGGAGUGAUCCAUUUUCGUGAACGGGGUGGUGUACCUAAUAAACUGGUGAAUGUAUAAGAGAAACAUGUUUAUGACUGAAAAUUCUCAUUUGUUUGUGAUGGAAAUCGUGAUGAAUUAACUGUUCGGUAUGAUUUCUAUAUUAAUUAGACAAUAUUCAAAAGGUUAAAAUAAGUUUAUACAGUGGGGCAAAAAUAAGUAUUUGGUCACCUACAAACAAGCAAGAUUUCUGGCUC